GGACUGGACUGGACGGACUGGACUGGACUAUGUUGAACGCAGGGUAGGUAUCCGGCUGCCUCGAUGUCCCGUGCGGGUAUCGGCCCUGACUUGUGCUGGCAGACCCUCGGUGCCGUGGUGCUUCUCGGCCUAAGAGCGGCUGGAUCCGGCGACCGUUUCCUCCGGAACCGAUCACUCGGAUUCGUGGUCGUCCACCAGCUUGGUCCCGCCGUCUGCGGUUGUCGUCGGCGGGUAUACAGAAUCGACUUCUUGGUUUGCCUGCACAUCCAGAGCUGGCCGAAAAGACAGUCAAAGAACCUGGAAAUCUCUCUGCCUCCUCGCAUCUCCGUCCGCCAAAUACACGGUAGUAACAGGGUUUGUUGGAAGGACUCCUGAUGGUGAUCACAGGAACGAUCGAGAUGGGGAGAAGUAGGAUUUUCGUGUUUAAGAGAUGCAGGCACAAGAGAGAGAAAGAGAAAGAAAACCGAACUUGGAACCGCUACCGCACCGAAUGUUCCAGGCACCCACCACCUCCGAAUGGCUAGUGGACUGCUCACAGUAACACAUUCGUUUCCACACCGCAGUGCUUGAAGGGAUAGUCUCGGGGUUGUGCUCCUCAGUCGGUGGACAAUAUGUCAGCAGUUGUCGUCCGGCCUGCUCAUAGGCGAGUUUAGACGUGUGCCGGCCGGUAUAAGCAUGCGCUGACUUCCGUCGGGAGUACCGGCACGCCGAUGCCGAGCGCUUCCCCGCUCACGCUGGGAGUAGGUCCAGUCCGGCUUGCUGUUCUUCCACGAUACCGGUAAGCAGCCAUUGUU